CCAUUUCUGGACUUUCUUCCUCCCUUCAAUUCAAACCCAUAAUAUCAACUCAUAAUUAUUACUAUUACCUCAACUUUUUGGAAAAUCAUUCAACCAAAUUGCCAUACUUAAGUACGAAUUAUUGCGUGAUAUAUCAACAAAAAAAUUUAAAAACUUUUUUGAAAAUAUAAUUUGAUGAUAAAUCACGGUCUAGAUUUUAUUUUUAUUUUUUUACUACAGUAUUUUAUUUUGGUCAGUUCCCAACACACACGGCUUAUAGUUUAUACUGUUUUUUGGACAAUAUUAGUUCAGUUCAGCCUAACUGGUUUUACCGGCCGGUGGUCCACUUAAGGUUGUUGGACCAAGAGGUAGUUGCUAGAGUUUCAUACUUGACUCAGUUUACUUUUAUUUCCCGCGAGAAUAUUAUUCCGGACACCCCCUUUUUAUAAUAAUAUAAAGAAAAAAUCAUUGAUCUGAAAAAGUCCCACGUAGGUAUCAAACAAGUCAUCUAUAAAUAGACAUUCAUCACUUGCCUGAUUUCACUAGAUUCAGCUCUCUUAAAUUAGUGUAAAAACCCCCAAUUUGUUGAAGUUUCUUGGGUUCAUUCUGAACGGUUGAAGGGAAAUGGCCCGCAAGAAGAUCAGAGAAUAUGAUUCCAAGAGACUGUUGAAAGAGCACUUCAAGAGGCUCGCUGGUUAUGAUUUGGGAAUUAAAUCAGCCCAAGUGAGUAUUAUGUAUUGCAAUUUCGGAUCUCUUCUAUAUAAUUGGGCGUUUUCUAUGUAGUCAUUCCUUUUUAAGAAAUUUUCAUGAUUUGCUUCUCAUAAGGCGUUUGAUUCAUAACAAAGAAAUUGUUGUCAGUUUGAUUUUGGAGACUAUCUAAGUUGAUUGAGUGAGGUUGCUUAGUGGAAGAAAGGAUUGUGAGAUACAUUCCCAAUGCCAGAUCCCUUGCAGGGUUGUCUUAGAAUUAUCCGUCAAGUUGUUUGAGCUAAUUUAGGGGUAACUUUGUCGGAUCCAGUAGUGUACCUUGUCGAAUCACAUACCUCAUGUUGGAACUCCUAACUGGUGCAAUGUGAUUAUUGGAUUGAUGCAUGAACACUGAAUGCAUUAGUUUUCAUGGCAGCAAGCACUUUGGUUAUCUCUUGAUCUUGUGUCUCUUAAUGUGUGCUAGGUUACUGAAUCAACUGAUUUCAAUGAGCUAGUUGAGAAAGAGCCUUGGCUGUCCUCGACAAAACUUGUUGUCAAACCUGAUAUGCUAUUCGGAAAGAGAGGGAAAAGUGGGCUAGUUGCUUUGAAUUUAGAUAUGGCUGGAGUUGCUGCUUUUGUGAAAGACCGCCUUGGCAAAGAGGUUGAGAUGGGUGGUUGCAAAGGACCAAUUACAACAUUCAUUGUUGAGCCAUUUGUACCUCAUAAUGAGGAAUUCUAUCUUAACAUUGUGUCUGAGAGGCUUGGUUGUAGCAUAAGCUUCUCGGAAUGUGGAGGAAUUGAUAUUGAAGAAAACUGGGACAAGGUUAAGACCAUCUUUGUGCCCACAGGGGUGUCUUUUACCUCAGAAGUUUGUGCUCCCCUUAUUGCCACCCUUCCUCUGGAGAUCAAAACUGUGAUGGAAGAAUUUCUCAAAGUAAUAUAUGCACUCUUUUUAGAUCUGGACUUCACAUUCCUAGAGAUGAAUCCUUUUACAUUGGUUGAUGGAAAGCCUUAUCCCUUGGAUAUGAGAGGAGAGCUUGAUGACACAGCUGCCUUUAAGAACUUCAAAAAGUGGGGAAAUAUUGAAUUCCCGUUGCCGUUUGGAAGAGUUAUGAGUGCUACUGAAAGUUUUGUCCAUGGACUGGAUGAAAAGACAAGUGCAUCUUUGAAAUUUACCGUCUUGAACCCCAAGGGAAGAAUUUGGACCAUGGUGGCUGGAGGAGGUGCCAGUGUCAUUUAUGCUGAUACAGUAGGAGAUCUUGGCUAUGCCUCUGAGCUUGGGAACUAUGCUGAAUACAGUGGUGCUCCCAAUGAGGAUGAGGUUUUGCAGUAUGCCAGAGUUGUAAUUGACUGUGCAACCGCAGACCCUGAUGGCAGGAAGAGAGCUCUUUUGAUAGGCGGUGGAAUAGCUAACUUUACCGAUGUUGCUGCUACAUUUAAUGGCAUAAUUCGAGCUUUGAAGGAGAAGGAAUCAAAGCUUAAAGCUGCCAGGAUGCAACUUUAUGUUAGAAGAGGUGGUCCAAACUACCAGAAGGGACUUGCCAGGAUGAGAGCUCUUGCAGAGGAAAUUGGCAUCCCAAUUGAGGUGUAUGGACCUGAAGCAACCAUGACAGGAAUAUGCAAACAGGCAAUUGAGUUCAUCACCGCUUCUGCGUAAACUUCCACAUUCAAUCAAUCAUGUCAUCGAUCUAAUUCUUCCCUGUUUCAUUUUCGGUUUCUACUUUUGCAGUGUAAUGUAUUGUGAAACUUUAGGAAUCAUGUAUCAUUUGUAUUUGCAAUUUUUACACAAGUAGCCUCAAUAAUAUCCUAUCUGAGCAGAGUAACCUUGAAUGUUUUGCCCAAUUGCCCAAACAGUGAAGGAUUCUGGUAUUUAGUACUCAUUAAAUUAAAAAUCCUAAACUUAGGUCACAACUAUAAAAAGGUAAACCAAAUGUAGUUAUAAUUCAUGUUCUAAAGAGACUACAAAUGAUGGUUAGCUUUCUAUAUAACGUAAGCCAGCUAAAUUCCAUCCAACGUAAUCGCAGGGACUUUUCUUUCAUUUCCCCUUGUGAGGAAUUUGCAGAUCUUCCUCUAUACUUUUCCUAGGAUUUGAAACCUUCAACUUCAAGCACUAAUCCUUUGAUUCCUUUCUUUCAUUUUAUUAUCAACCUCAAAGAGAAAUGCUCCUUUCUUUCCGUUUAAAUUUGAUACACAAAAGAGAGGCAACGCCUACUAACUCAACCAAUCUAGCACAUUCGGGAUGAUUAAUGAAUGUACAUUGUGAUGGAGCCAAAUUGAACACUUUAAUGCGCAUCAUGGUGCCAGCUGAAAUAGACACCAAAGCCCCAUUGGCCACCAAUGAAUUCACAGAAUCAGCUUCAGCUAAAUGUCUCUUCGAUGGACUUGCUUCACCCGACCUGUCCCACAUAUUAUCUUCAAGAGCUCUGGUCUUCUAGAUGAGGAAGAUUAGCUGAAGACCGGAAUUAUAUUAUGUCGCCAAAACGAAUGAUUAAAAAGUCAUAAUACAUUAGAAAGGGACAAAACAUGUAUUUUUUAAGUUGGAAAAAUAAAUUGGAACACAAGAAUGUAACAUAUUUCUUACAGUAAAAAAAAGAAGAAGCUAAAAAAAGGAGAAGCUGGUUCUAUCCAUAGCGUAUCGAUAUGUUUUUCAAUUUCGGGAUAAGGUUUAAAUUAAAUACAGGAUCAUAGAGGAAAGUGAUACAUAUCUGCAAACAAUAGGAAUUCUUCAUCCAAAGACAAUACUACUGGUGGAAACCGAGUCGAGACAUAAAUGAGGAGAAUCAGAGAAAUUUGUGGC